CGAGUUGCUGUUUGCGGUUGAAUUCAAUCAAAUAUUGAUCGAAUUCGUCAAAUAUUUGCAUGUUUAAUACCUGGGGAAAUUCUGAACAUGCCAAGGUUCAAAGCACCAAGGGUUGACCAAAUUGUUAUUGGUCUUGGCGUGUGUGCUGCUGUUGGAGGAACUGCUUACUGUCUGCACAAAUAUAUAUUAACUCCAUCUUUACCAAUGGCGGAGACAGCUAACAUGGACAUGGAAUGUCAGUCAGUCGAUGUACCGGGAAUGCCAGGUGCAAGGAGAAGUGUUCAUUCUGAGGAACUGAUAGAAUCGUAUGAUGGUAUAACAAUUCCAUAUGAAGCGUAUCUUAAAGGAGCUGAAAUAGCUGGUGACGAGCCUUGCUUGGGUACGCAAUCUAAUGGUUCGUAUUCAUGGAUCACAUACAAUGAGGUUUUAGAGAAAGCAGCAGACCUGGGGUCUGGAUUACUAGAACUUGGUUACAAACCUUCUCCAGAGACGUUUGUUGGUAUUUAUGCCACAAACAAAGCUGAGUGGAUCUUGACUGAUGUUGCAUGUCAGACAUAUUCAAUGGUCUCUGUGCCACUAUAUGACAGCCUGGGUGCUGAUGCGUGCACCUUUAUUGUUAAUCAUGCUGAUAUUUCUGUAAUUGUGUGCGACGGAAAAAAUGUUGAAAAACUAAUGAGUAAAGCUGAUCAAUGUCCGCAGUUGAAACACAUAAUAACGAUUGGGGAAUUCAAAGAAGAUGAUGCACAGAAAGCUGAUAAUCUUGGGAUUACGAUGAAAUCCUUUGAAGAAGUCCAGGAAUUGGGACGAAAUAACCGAAAAGAGAAAUCACCUGGUAAACCAGAGGAUGUGUAUACUGUUUGUUUCACAAGUGGGACAACAGGUCAACCAAAGGGAGCUAUGAUUACAAACAAGAACAUAAUUGCAAACCUUGCUGGAUUUCGAGUGCAUUAUGAUAAGAAUGACCACAAGCUGAAUCCAAGUCUUUGCCAUAUCUCAUAUUUACCUCUUCCACACAUGUACGAAAGAAUAAUCCAGCUAGUUCUUCGUAGCGCCGGUGCUCGAACUGGAUUUUUCCGAGGAGAAAUCCCGUUAUUGUUGGAGGAUAUUAAGAUAUUGAGACCUACACUGUUUCCAUCAGUUCCGCGCUUGUUAAAUCGUCUUUAUGAUAAGGUCACCGCCGGUGUUGAAGCAAGUGGGGGGAUUAAGAAAUGGUUAUUUUACAGAGGUUUUUCCUCGAAAUUGGCCGACUUAGAGAAAGGACAAAUCUACAACAACGGCUUUUGGGACAAACUUGUAUUUAGAAAAGUCCAGGCGACCUUGGGAGGAAAUAUCCAACAAAUCGGCACUGGAGCCGCUCCAAUCGAGGCGAAAGUUUUAACAUUUCUGAAAGUUGUAUUCGGGUGUUGGGUUGCCGAGGGUUAUGGACAAACUGAGGCCACGACUGCUGUAUCGAUCACUAAUAAAUUAGACAUGUCUUCAGGUCAUGUUGGUGCGCCGAUUGUAUGUAACUACAUCAAGCUCGUCGAUGUUCCGGAAAUGGAGUAUUUUACCUCGAAGAAUCAGGGAGAAGUGUGUAUUUAUGGUCCAAAUGUGUUCAAAGGAUACCUGAAAGAACCUGGGAAAACAGCUGAAGUGAUCGAUGAAGAUGGUUGGCUUCACACCGGGGAUGUUGGAGAAUGGAAGCCAAACGGCACAUUGAAAAUUAUUGGAAGAAAAAAGUGUAUUUUCAAGCUCUCCCAGGGUGAAUAUAUUGCUCCUGAUAAGAUUGAAAAUAUUUAUAUCAAAAGUCCUUUCGUAGCUCAAGCCUUUGUUCAUGGUCACAGUCUUAAGUCUUGCACUGUUGGUAUUAUUGUACCAGACGAAGAAAUUCUUAUGAAAUGGGCUUCAGAAAAUGGCUUGUCGAAAUCCUUCAAAGAAUUGUGUGCAAGCGAGGAUGUUAAGAACAUGAUUCUGAAAGAUAUUAUCGCAAAAGGCAAAGAAGCGAAGUUAGCAUCAUUUGAACAGGUCAAAGCCAUUCUCCUGCUUUCGGAAUUAUUCAGCAUCGAGAACGGCCUGCUGACACCAACUCUCAAGUCAAAACGUUUCACAAUGCAGAAGAGAUUUGCUGAAGAGAUCGACAAGUUGUAUGAAGAUGUUGAAAGAAUAGCGCAACCAAAACUCUGAAUAGAAAAGCACAGUACAUUCUUACAAUUUUUAUUAUUAUGAUUUAUUUGGGGGGUUUUUCUUAGAAAAUUCUAUUAAUUUCAUUAAAUUUUAUUAAUUGAUCGUUAGAAUGAGAUUGAUUAAACAACUUGGAAUAUCAUUGCGAUGAGAGUCAGAAGAGUCAACGGCUAGUUGACUAGUUAAGAUUGUCUAGUUUGUUCCUGUUUGUUUUGUUCAUAUAAUUUUCAAUAAUCGAAUAAAGACAGACUUGGUAAACUAAGGUGCCUUACCUGUUACCCCCCGCCUGCCCUUGAUUGCUUCCGGUGCCUCUGAGUAAUUUCUGGCAGAUAUACACAUAGCAGCUAGGCUGGGAAGUGACAGCAGGAAGAGUAAGUUUAUCCUUAUAUUCUAUCAAUUAUACAAUGCUGUAAUUGUAUGAAUUAUUCUGAAAUGAAUUUUAUUG